CUGUGUAACAGUCAACACAGCCCUAUGAUGUUGUGUAUUGAGAUUUCAAGGUUUAGUAAGGAAAUUACUCAUUUUGAAAUUUUUGUGGAGUUUUUUAAGUUUUAGAGAUAUCAGGAAGUUCGACAAAAAAGCAAAAUGCAGCAAGACAAAUAUGAGCAGGAACAAAGAACAACAUCACAAAGAAGCUUAUUAAACAGCCAGAAAAAUGGAGGUACUGGUUUUGAUUCAGAACAGUCAGAGAACGGUAAAUAUUCAUCAUGCUCAAAAACUGCGAACUUUGAAGGCGGCGGUUUAUUUGUCCGUCAGGCACAAGAUCAACUCCCUAGCGCAGCCGAACAGCAGGAUGAAACAAGCAUGCUGCUGCUCUGUAAAAACUGGGGAGACAACAGUCCCAUAAACGGCGUUCCUAAUAUCGCACGCUCGACAUCCAGUGUGGGUAAAGUGACCUGGACUUUACUGCUUUUAAUGUGCUUUGGUGUGAUGGGUUAUCAGACUUGGGAACUGGUCGCUAAGUUCUACAGGUUUCCUGUUGAUACGACGCUGACAUACACCCAUUCCAAAGAAGUGUACUUUCCCGCCGUCACUGUCUGUAAUGUAAACCCACUAAGGAGAUCUAUGCUUUCAAGCGCUGGUGAUGAUGUUUACGCUCUCCUAGGGCCGCCAAAAUCACAAAUGGGAAGCAGUCCUGGCGGUGCGCAAGCACCAGCAGGUCCUGCAGGGUCCUUUGCAAGUCAGAGCCAGACCACUCAGGCAGCUGCGGGCCCUCCAGGCCCCGCCUCCUCCAGCAUAACAACACAGGCACCUGCUGCACCUGGCCCAAAAGGAAGUGGCAGUGGUGGGACAACUCAAGCACCGUCUGCCAGUCAGACCACGGCAGGUGCGCCCGCUGGUGGCGGCGGUGGGACAACUAAAGGCCAGGCUUCUAUCCAGACCACAGCAGGUGCGCCUGCUGGUGGCGGCGGUGGGACAACUCAAGCUCCGGCAGGACCGCCAGCACCGCCAAGUGGCCGAAAACGCAGAAGUACCGGGACAAACAGCACUAGUACUUCGAGACGGAAACCAGGUCAAAUGAACGAGCGUUUCGAGAUGCGGAAAAGAUUUGGAAACAUUUGGGCCAAACUAAACUACACAACCCGCGAGACUGUUGGUCAUGAAUUGGAUACUAUGAUUAUUUCCUGUACUUUUAACGGAGUGACAUGCAGCUCUGCAAAUUUCACUCGAUUCAACAAUCAUCAGUUCGGGAACUGCUACACUUUUAAUUCCGGAUGGGAUUCAAGCAUUCCCGUAGAAACUAGCAGUAACGCCGGCCCUUUGUAUGGCCUGAGCCUUGAAAUGUACAUCGAGCAGUCAGAAUACAUAGGGGACCUAUCCGAGUCCGCUGGGGUGCGCGUUCAGAUUCACAGUCAGAGGUCCAUGGCAUUCCCCGAGGAUGAAGGCUUUAACAUUGCGCCGGGUUACCUCACGUCAAUGGCAAUGACGCGGGUGGAGAUUACGCGAAGACCACAUCCCUAUCCCAGUAAAUGUCACAAUUUCACGACCGAAGAAAGCAAGCAAAAAAGCGUGUUCACGUCCGUGCACAACGUGGACUAUUCUGUGUCGGGCUGUAUGAAGACUUGCUAUCAGCGCUAUGUGAUUUCGGAAUGCGCAUGCGGGGACCCUGCCUAUCCCUUCAGCUUGGACUUGGAAGCGUUCUCGGACUUGAAGAAUAACAUUAAUGGAACGACCGCGGAAUCUGUUGACCCUUGUGUUAGUGACGCAGAUGAUGAGUGUGUUGCUGGUAUCAAAAGAAGGUUUGCUGAUGAUGAUUUGUCUUGCGACUGUCCUUUAACAUGUGUAGAUGUUGAAUACUCCGGAGUUCCGUCCUUGGCAAAGUGGCCGUCCAAACAAUACAUGUCUACACUCCACGCGACCUUGGCCUCCGCUGGAGCGCACCUGGAUAACAUUAUCAAUGGAAAAAACGGCAUGGCCGCCGAACCUGGUGACAAUCUACUGAAACUUGAAGUGUAUUUUCAAGAGCUAAAUUUCCAAAAAAUUAGCGAAAAUGUUGCGUAUGACGUUUUUGCUCUCCUUGCUGACAUUGGAGGUCAAAUUGGGUUCUGGGUGGGACUGUCCAUCAUGGCUCUCUUUGAAGUUGUGGAACUUAUCCUGGACGUCUUCCGUCUCCUACUCUUCCGCGUGGGGAGUUUCUGCUUUAAAAAACAGCAGAAACGCCCUCCCUCCAGACAGGUGAAAGUUCAACCGGCGUCAGAAGAGAACGUCUUGACCCCCAGACUGGAGAAAGUACGAUUCAGUUAGGAGAAGGGGCCCUACGAUUCAAGUAAUCGAAACUGUAUAUUUUGAGUUCAAAGGAGAGGCGAUAUUCGUGGAUUAAGAUUUGGGGUACAUGUAUUUAUAGGAUUAUUAUGCUGUAAUUUAUAAAGCAUUUAAAACACUUACCUCAAUUACCUGGAAUUGUAUUUGUCACAAAGACUGGCCUUGUAUGUAAACGCGGUAGCAUUAUUUUGUGCACUCGAGAUAAUAUCUAUUCGGCUGUCUAUUUACUUAUUUCAUUAUGGCAGCCUUAGACAUGCAGGCGGCGUUAUGGAAUUGGUUUUUAGAUUCAAUAGUUUAAAAUACUAAACAUGUUUCCUCCUGUUACAGUAUUUAUCAUUAUAAAACAUUUUUCUUUUCAUCAUCAUUAGAUAUAUAUUAGUUAAUUGGUUAGGUUCUAUUAAGAUGAGCACACAAUACUUAAAGCGAUUUGCCAUCUUUAUAUGUAUAUAUUAUUAUAUAAUUUUCAUGAACCAAUAAAUAUGUUUAAGAAAAUUCUCCUCCAAUUUAUCAUGAUGCGAUCAGUAGGCACGGGCAGCUUCGUUGUAAUAACAAUUAAUGCUAUUUACAUCCUUUUUUCUGAGUGUUUCCCUUCACCGUUCCCUGAUAAAGGUCUGUCUGUUGGCCUAUUCUCUACCAGCCACCACCUACUAAAUGAGAGAAAUAUGAAAGAUAAAUUAAGUGUAAAUAUGAAAGCUAAUAAAAGUUGAGAAUAUGUCAGACAGCAUAACUUCCGUCUCUGUCUGUAAAACCUAUCAUGUUUUACUGCAUGGCUGCAUGUGAUAACUUAUAUAUAAGUAUAUACACUAUAUAUUGACCUAUUUCAUUACGUUACUUAUGUAUUUGUUUGGUCAUAGCCUUCUUA